CACAAGUUCAACUAGUACUGGAAACGGAGACGACCCAGGGGGCAUAUGAAUAGUAGCUUUCCAACCACCACUUCCAUGCUUCCAAGGGCUGCUUGCUUUGUUGCAUGUGUGAAGAAUUGUUUGCUUUUAGAAGGAGUUGAUGGAGACAUGCCCCCAGACGUCCAUCGCUGAACCCUGCAGGGGGCGGUGGGCCAUCUAUGGGUUGUCAGUGAUCAUGGGCGAACUUGAUACCCAUUCCCAAUCAUAUACCGGCGCACAGUCGUGCAUUGACACCAACGUCGCUUUCUACAGAUCCAAAACUCGUCUCAAUAAUUCGAAGAUACAACCGUAACAAAAUCAACGAAGAAAGCAAAUAGCCGAAUAUGAAGUGCAGCGAGAUUACAGAUGAUGGCAGUUUGUCCGCCCCCCGUGCCCUUUGGUGUGAUGAUUACAUGUUUGGUCCCAACCAAGCUCUGUCUCUUGCCAUGUGCCCCGAAGAGCUGUUGCUAGGCGCCACAGGGCGAGAGCGCAUCGAAGAAUCCAUGCAGGGCGUCACUCGCCCGGUUAUUGAGGAUAUUGAUGGGUUCGGGCAGAAGCCCACCAGAGGACAAUGCUACGACAUGAAUCUAUUGAUGGUGGCCGCUAGUGAGGGCUCGACCACAAUUCUCAAGUGUUGGAUCCAAGAAUUUGGUAUGGAUCCCAAUGUCAACCGGAAUUCUGAACUUUGGAGUCCACUGAUACACGCGUUGGCAUUCGGAAAGAAAGAUAAUUUUGAUUUUUUGAUGAAGGUCUCAGAUAUUGGUCUGCCAGAGGCCGCGGCGUUGGGCAUGGCAGAUGUCGUCCCCAAUAUGAUUGCCGACUACAACCAACUCCCAGCCGAAAAGAAAUGGUACGGUCUCUCCGGUGAAGAGGUCGCCCUCAUUUUCUCUGGCCUCUCCGGCGACGUGGACUGGGUCCUAAGUCUGGCGAAAGCAUGUGAUGACUUCAAUGCAGGCCAUAACAAACCGACAGGCAACGUCGUCAAGAUGGCCAUCUUUAGCGGCAAUGUCGACUUGGUGCGCAAGCUUGUCGUGGAGUGUGGGGUGAUAUUGGACUCGCCCCACAACCUACGAGAUCCAGCUUUUUGGGCGUUGACUUGUCUCCCCAUGCUCAAGUUUCUGAUUGAGGAGCUCAAGACAAGCACCCUGGAUGUAUUGUCUCCGAGCGGGUGCAGCCUCCUGGAAUCUGCCUUGUUGGACCGACAAAACACAGCUGCCGAGUACUUGCUCGAACAGAGGUCUCCCACCGAGUGGUCCUAUUUGACCCAGAAUAACUUGUUGAGCCAGUCUAUUGGGAAGUGGAACUGUCUCAGUGGGCAGCUGCUGCCAAUGAUUAACAGUGGCAACGUCCAGGAGGUCCUGAGGGUUUCCCUCCGUCAUGCCAGGUUGGAUAUUGUGCAGGUUUGUCUUGAAGAGAAGGGCGGGAGCCUUGACAAGACACCCAAGAAAAACUUCUGCACUUUUUUAGAGGAGGCCGUUUCUUCUGGUUCAGUCCGUACUGUGCAGUAUGUGCUGCAGAACGCUUCUGAAGAGUUGAUAGAGUAUGUCCACAGCAACGGGUACAAUGCUCUUGUUGCUGCUUCCAGAUUGGGGAGAGAGGUCUUUGAAGCGUUGGCUGCUCGCUUUCCCAACAGGCUUAAUGAACUUGUUUGGAGCGGAAUGUCGCUGCUGAUGAUUGCGGCUUGCGACUGCGCUGGAAGUGUAAUGGAUGCUAUUUUGGACGAGGAGUUUUACGAGGCCAAGUGCAGGGACAAAGUGAUGGACGCCAACACCAAAUGUGACAACGGGAGGACCGCUCUCUGGUGUGCUGUGCGAUCUGGGGUGGUCGCUAAUGUUGAGAAGAUUUUGCAACGAAAGGAAUACUUGAAGCUGAAAGAACUUGACGAUGCCAAGAGCAUCAACACUUUGUUUCGGUUGGCGAGCCGACAAACUACCUUCGCAAGUCUCAUUGCAUGUUUUCAUCACCACGGAAUGACUUACACGGGAAACGAUGGCGACGACACCGACGCAACAAGCCUGGCGAUGACCGCUGCCGAGAGCGGCGCGUUGUUGCAAGUGGAGGAUCCAAAAGCCGAGUUGGCGAAGCUUUGUGAAUUAGACGAAUCUGUGGGGCUUUCAGCCCCAAAGGAUCUUCUCAUGUGCGAAGUGCUUCGGAGUGCCCCGGAGUGGGCGGUGAACCACGGCACACUUGCCCAUCUGAUCAAGGAGUGCUUUCUUGAUGAUGAGGAAAUGUGGCGGGAUGAGAAAGGUUCCGCCCUGAAGUUCCGAACAGCCUACAAUUUGGCUUUGACGCGGUGCGACUAUGAGACAGUUGAAAACUUCGAAUGGCACCCAUUGUUCAGUACAGCAAAUUGCCAGAGGACGCCAAGUCAGAAAGCUUUUCUUGCGUUCAAUGGCAAGCGCAAGGAAAAAAUGGCCCACCCGUCCGUCACGACCAGGCGAAACAACUUUUUGGUGUGGCUUUUCAGAGGCACCAAGCGGGGCGACCCGAUGGAGACUGAAAAUUGGGGCCUCGAAGACGAAGCAACCCCGUUCGCCAUGUUGGAAAGCCUCGUUCUAGCCGAAGUCUUUAUCGAACCGGCCGAGGAGUUGACCAGUGACGGGCCCCGAAAUGUCGCGCGGCGCUGUAACGAUGAACAACUGAAGUCGCUAGUGCAACUGUGCGCAAAGUCUUGCCAACUGGAAAACAUGAAGGUUCUCGCCGAGGCUCUCGAUGGCCGGGCCGCACUCGAGCUAUGCGACUGCAAGGGCAACGGCGGCAACAAAAGCCUGGUUCAUGUCGCCCUGGGGAACCAGACGGUGUCGGAUCAAGCGGAAUCUAAUCGGCUGCCUCUGAUCCGGUGGCUGGUUGAGUCUGGCGUGGAUCUCGCCGGAACCGACAAAGAAGGAGAAAGUGCACUCAUGAAGUCCGCCGCCAUGGGCAACAUUAAGGCCUUCGCAUGGAUUGCCGAUGCGCUCGGGACCGAGGCUUUGCAACACCGGGACAAUCACGACAACAAUAUCCUUAGCUUCGCCAUCAAAGGAGGCCGGAUUGAUAUUGUGAUGCGCUGUGUGGAAGUCGUUGGUUGCGACGCCUGUGGGUCCCACGGCGAAACUGCCCUGCACUGCGCCGUGGCGUGUGGCAAGUCCUGGAUCGCUCGAUACCUGGUGGAGGUCGCCAGAGUCGAUGUGCACGCUUGUGAUGCAUCCAACAGGUCCGUCAUUGAUUAUCUUCAGUUCCAAGACGACAAUGUACUGGAAGAGUAUAUCGAGGGCAAGACAGGCUCAAAAGCCGCGUCAAGGCCCAAAACAAACAUCCAAACGGUGCAAGGGUGGUUGGAGGAAGUCGGCAAGAAGUCAGGAAGCACGCUUCGACUCAACCAAUCUGGGCUGUGCGCUCUUGAGUAUCAAGGCCACGUCAUCGUUAUCGAACUACCAAAGGACACAGCCAACCUUUACGUGUAUUGUGCCUUCAACGAGGCAGAGUUCGACAUAAGAGCUGACUCCCACAAAACUCUUUUCAGGGGCUUUGACGACGGGCUCUACACAAAGUUCUGCCCGUCGAUUGACAACAAAAGCAACGAUGUUGUGAUUUCGGUGCUGGUGCGGGUGGCAGAAUCAACGGCGAAUGGCUUCAUACAGAAGCUAGAAGAUUUCAUUGAUGACGUUGUGUUCGUGGCUGAGCGGCUCAAAGCAGUCGCCGCAAAGCGCUACGUCAGGCAAGCAUUGGUCUCGCUGCCUUCCCACGACCCAAGAGCAGAUGAAAUGCAAGACACCACAAAGAUCUUGCAGGGGGUCGAGGAAUACAUGGUCGAGCCCAAACAAAGGCGCCUUCCACUCAGUGGGCCGGAUCUCUCGACUGUCAAGGAAUCUCUCCAGUGCCAGCUGGAUGAACUUAAUCGCAUAAUCAGAGGCGGUUCAUUGAGAGUGAACGAGGCAGGCCAAUGCGCCUUCAACUACGAACACCUCACGAUUGUUUUGCAACCAUCCAAGACGCCGCAGAAACUGCUAUGGACAGUUGUGCUUUGGACAGUUAGCUCGGAUGGCCCCAUAACAGAGGAUUUGCGGAUGCGAGUGUUGAAGAUGAACUACCUCCAAACAGACACGAAAGGUGGCACAAUCAUCGAGACUGGAACACCGGGAGUCGAGGAGCUGUCUUUCGUCUACGAAGACCGCGUCGACCUCCCCCCAGAUGUCUUUCGCAAUAUGCUCGAGAACAUUAUCGACAAGUCGCUUGACCUUCACAAGGCUUUGCGAGAGACCGAGUUGGCAGCAAAGGAAAAAUCGAGCCUCGAGGGCGAAAUCAGGUCGAGGAAGGUCACCUUACUGAACGCCAUGCGCCUUGGUGACUACAACAUCUUGGAUCGGGUCCUGGCUGAGGCCCCAACCCGCGAAGUCUGUGACCGUUUGGAGCAGCUCGCGUUGCUGGUGCUUGACACGGGUUCGAUGGACUUCUGGUCCAUGUUUUUGGGUUCGAUGAUGAAUCGUGCAGAGUCGACCUCAAGGGUGUCCAUGGAAGAGCUCCAAACCACGAUCCUAAAGCUCGUCUUGGGAAGGGACAUGUUCAGUGAAUCUAUCCUAUCUGAUCUCAUAGAUGGCAAAUCGAAGUUCGUUCUGGAUCUAGGCUUCAUGCAUCACAUAUUCAGCUCGGCAACUUUGAUCCGGAAGGGCAGAGCAGCCUCAACAGCACAGAAGGUGUUGGACGAGGCCACCCGAAAGGGCGUUUCUUUUGAGAAUGACGAGGUUCACCUCAAGAAGUGGAACAACUACGCCUCCACCGCAAUCUACACGGGUGCGGAAAUUGGUGAAGGAAAAGAAGUAAUCACAUGCUUGGAAUGGAUAUUCGAGAGGACCAAACCGGGCGACCUGGACGGAGAAACAGAGGUUCGCACGCUGCUGCACCAGUGCGCAUCGUCUGGACAAAUUCCGUUGGUGGACUUCAUGUUGGGCCGCCUACCACACCUCACGUUGGACGAAGAGUGUUUGGUUUGGGCCUCGAGGCAAGAAAAGUUGCCUCUCGUUCGAUGGAUCCUGGACCGUGCUGGCGACAGCGUACCGCGAGCAAAGGCGGCGAUUGUUUCUGCGGCGGCAUCCGGCAGCACGGAUAUUUUGAGAGCACUGGGGGUGGGGAGUGAGGCAGCGACCCAAGACGAAAGAGAACAAAACGAGGGCAGUGAAACAGCGCCCAAAGGCACCGGGGAGCAAUCCAACGAGGAUCGGAAGCCGCCGCGCGAGACCCAAACAGCUCUCAACGAUGCCGCAAAAAACGCAAUAGGACGAGGCAACGCGGAAGUGCUCGCAUUCAUCCUCGAAGACCCCAGGUUUUUAGGGGCCUAUGUGAACCGUCUCUUGGAAGAUGCGGUCAUGUGCAGCGAUCCUACGACGACCGUCGAAACUAUCGUUGCUUCGCGGGUCGCUCGAUCGCAAGCGUACGCCAUGCAGGUCCCUUGGCAAGCUCAGGCCACCGCCAAGAGGAAACUUGUGCUGCCGAUCCUUCAGGUCGCAAAAAAGCAUCGUCUCCCAGAAGAGAUCAGUGCCCUCGUGCAUUCCUUUGCUUCGCCCAAGUUCGAGGAAUCGCCAAUCAUCCGAUCGACACAAGAACUAAGGGACCAGAAUGUCCUCGCCCAGCUCGAACGUGACCUGGGCUUGACCAAAGGCACCAUCACCAGCCGCAAUGCGAACGACAACCUUGUGUUCGAUAUGGCGAAGAUUGGAAUCCUCGAGAUGUUCCCAGAGGAACGAACGUUCAACUUGACGAAGUUCUUCGAAUUUAAAAAGGGCGAGUUCCAAACAACCGCGGAAGAUCUCUUGGAGUUGUCCCGAGCUUUGCCUGGGUGUUUCAUCUCCACGACCAACAAACAGCUUGGGAUGAGCCUUCGUUGUGUACAUCGGUUUCGUGGCGAUGGAAUCCGUUACCACGAACUGAGGAAGAUUGUUGUUUCUUUCCGUCGCUGCUCGAAUGCCGUCAGUUCAGUGGUUUCUCAUGCGAGGAAAUUCAAGUUGCUCGCUUCUGUUUCUAGUCUCGGUGUCUUUGUGCCGGAGAUGCUACAGUUCAAAAAGGCUGGACGCCAAACAAGGAAGGUAGCGGCACGCGGCAGAACCUUUUCAGAAACUUGGUUUGCUAACCGUGGGCUUGUUCUGGUCACAACGCCCAUGGACCGCCAAGCUGCCGACCGCUACGAGCUCCUCAGCGCAAAUGCGUCGGCUGGCGAGGCAAAAUCAGACGGGGCAUUCUUCUUUAUGGACAAGCGUGGUGUCAUUCAGGUCGGAGUUUACAGUAGCGACCGGGAUGCUGCGAACGACGACAACAGAGCUGCGCUCAUAGCAAGGGCGCAGUUCUGACGAGCCGUGAGAAGAGAAGUAGCCCUCAUCUGCUUGUUCCGGUGGCGUCGGCAGGACAAGGAGGAGGACGACGACAAGCCACCCCAUUCAACACAAGAAGCCCUUUAAUAACAACGACUGAUUUCCUUUCCAAAAUAGCGUAGAGG